UUCCCACAAAAAAUUUCCAAUCUCCCUCCAAUCCUCUGUGUCUCUGUAGUAGGAAGAGCUCAGAGAAGCUUUAACAACGUAACAAUGGAGCAUUUCCUCAUUUCUCUCUUAAUCUUCUUCCUCUUCUUCCUUUCUCUCACUCUCUUCAUCCUCUUCCACAACCACAAAUCCUUAUUCUCCUAUCCCAACGUUCCUCCCGGCGCCAUUGGCCUUCCCAUCCUCGGUGAGAGCCUCGAGUUCUUAUCCACCGGCUGGAAAGGCGAGCCUGAGAAGUUCAUCUUCGAUCGUUUGCAUAAGUACAAGUCUGAUGUCUUCAAAACCUCCAUUGUCGGCGUUCCGGCCGCCAUUUUCUGUGGCUCUGCCUGUAACAAGUUCCUCUUCUCUAACGAGAAUAAACUCGUUACUCCUUGGUGGCCGGAUUCCGUCAACAAGAUCUUCCCCUCUUCCACUCAGACCAGCUCCAAAGAAGAAGCUAAGAAACUCAAGAAAUUCCUCCCGCAGUUUCUUAAGCCGGAAGCGCUUCAGCGUUAUAUUGGAGUUAUGGAUGAACUUGCUCAACGCCAUUUCGCGUCCUUCUGGGAGAACAGAGAAGAGGUUCUCGUGUUUCCUCUUGCUAAAAGCUUCACAUUCUCGCUGGCGUGCCGAUUGUUCGUUAGCGUGGAAGAUGAAAUCCAUGUAAAGAGAUUAUCGGGACCAUUUGAGCACAUUGCAGCCGGAAUCAUAUCGGUGCCGAUCGAUCUACCAGGAACGCCGUUCAAUCGAGCGAUAAAGGCGUCGAAGUUCAUCAGAAAGGAACUGGUGGCGAUCGUGAAGAAGAGGAGAUGGGAUCUGGCGGAAGGAAAAGCGUCGGCGACGCAGGACAUUCUGUCUCACAUGCUUCUAACGUGCGAUGAAAACGGAGUGUUCAUGAACGAAUCCGAUAUCGCCGAUAAGAUUCUGGGCUUGUUGAUCGGCGGCCAUGAUACUGCCAGUGUCGCAUGCACCUUCAUCGUUAAGUUCCUUGCUGAGCUUCCUCAUAUCUACCAUGGCGUCUACACGGAGCAAAUGGAAAUAGCAAAGGGAAAAGCCCCAGGGGAAGCAUUGAAGUGGGAAGACAUUAAGAAGAUGAAAUAUUCAUGGAAUGUGGUGUGUGAGGUUCUAAGGCUUGCUUCCCCUCAAGGUGCCUUUAGGGAAGCCUUAACCGACUUCGUUUUUAAUGGCUUCUACAUUCCCAAGGGCUGGAAGCUAUAUUGGAGUGCAAACUCAACACACAAAAGCCCAGAGUACUUCCCAGAGCCCUACAAAUUUGAGCCAGCAAGAUUUGAAGGGAAUGGGCCAUUGCCCUACACUUUUGUGCCAUUUGGGGGAGGGCCAAGGAUGUGCCCUGGAAAAGAAUAUGCAAAGCUUGAGAUUUUGGUGUUUAUGCAUAAUUUGGUCAAGAGAUUCAAAUGGGCAAAGUUACUUGAAAAAGAAAACAUCAUUGUUGACCCAAUGCCAAUCCCUCAAAAAGGUCUCCCUAUUCGCCUUUUUCCUCAUCAACCUCUCUCUCUUUAGCUAAUUAAUUCCCAUAAUAUGUUUCUUUUUCUCUUGCAUUAUAUACACUACUCUUGAUUUCAGCUUCCUCUUAUCAUAUAUUAUCAAUAAAUCGUGAUAUAUAUAUAUAUACACACUAUACUCUUCCUAGUUAUAUAAUUCC